GGAUAGUGUGACGAUACAGACACGUGAUCAGUAUAAAAACACAUGAGCCUUUGUUUGCCUCCUGUUGCGCACCGUCUAUUCUGGGAGUUUAGAUUUUACAGAGACGCAAUUAUGGUAGAGGCAGACCGACCAGGGAAACUCUUCAUCGGUGGGCUCAACACCGAGACUAACGAGAAGGCCCUUGAGCAAUAUUUCGGCAAAUAUGGCAGAAUAGUUGAAGUGUUGUUAAUGAAAGAUCGUGAAACAAACAAGUCGAGAGGUUUUGCUUUUGUGACUUUCGAGAACCCGGCUGAUGCAAAGGAUGCUGUUCGGGAAAUGAAUGGGAAGUCCCUCGAUGGUAAGCCAAUCAAAGUAGAGCAAGCCACAAAGCCCCAGUUUGAGUCCGGAGGUCGGCGUGGCCCACCGUCCCUGCAUCGCGGCCUGCCGAGAGGUCCACGGGGUUCCAGAGGAGGACUGAGUGACAUGAGAGGCCCACCAGACAGAGGGAUUCCAGAUCCCUUUUACAAGGGGAUGUCUUCCAGAGGUCCGCCCCCAAUGAAAAGAGGACCCCCAAUUCACAACGGAGGGCCGCCACCCAAGAGGCCAGCGCCAUCCGGACCAAUGGGCAGGCCUCCCAUGUCCAGGGACAGAGACCCCUACGGUCCUCCACCCCCCCGCAGGGACUCCAUGCUCUCACGGAGGGACGACUACCCUUCACCCAGGGAUGACCAUUACAGCAGUAAAGACAGCUACUCCAGUCGGGACUACAUGAGCUCGAGGGACACCAGAGACUACGCACCACCCCCCCGGGACUACAGCUACCGGGAAUACCCACAUUCCAGUUCCCGUGAUGAGUACGGGUCCAUGUCGCGGGGCUACAGCGACCGUGACGGUGGCUACAGUGGAGGACGAGAGCCACGGGGCUACAUGGAUCGGCCCAGCUCAGGCUCCUACAGAGAACCUUACGAUGGCUACGGUAACUCUCGCAGCGCCCCGCCCUCGCGGGGCCCCCCUCCAUCCUACGGUGGGAGUGGCGGAAGCAGUCGCUAUGACGACUAUGGCAGCAGUUCCCGGGACGGAUACGGCAGUCGCGACGGUUACCCCGGCAGCCGGAGCGACCCGUACUCCGCUAGCCGCGGCGAGCGAAUGGGCAGACUGGAGCGGGGGCCGGCCCCCCCGCCCAUCGAGAGAGGCUACCCUCCUCGCGAUGCGUAUGGCAGCUCGAGCCGCGGGGCGCCCCGCGGUGGCGGGCGUGGCGGUGGCGGCGGAAGCAGCCGGGUCGAUCACGGGCUCGCUCGCAGCAGAUACUGAAAUGGACUUACGGAAGGAAGAACGGAGAGGCCUUGGACUGUGCUCUUUUUUUUUCUUCUUUUUUUUGUGUGUUUGAUUUUUUAUUUUUACGUUCAUUUUUGCAAAGGAGGAAACGAAAGGAAAGAACCAAGAGGGACGUUAAAAUUGUGGAUAAAAGCUAAAAGACGAGCUUCCUACCCCCUCCAAAGGUUUCACUGUUUCUUUUGAGAAGUUACGUGUUGAAUAAGUUUUAUAUUUCUCCCCCUACCCUCCUGUAUGGUAGUACUGUUGCCAUUUUAAGUGAGUGUUCAGUUUUGUUUUUUUUUGUACAUUAGUGCUGUUAUCCUGCAAAUCCCUGGAAUAAUGCCUUUCAUUUAUUAAUAAAAGUUUUUAAUCAACCAUCUCGUGAGCCAAUCAGGUGGAUAUUCAAACCAGUAACAAUAGUUAUUGCCUCUGAUUCAGUACAGGAUUUCACCAAUCAGCAACUCUCUAGACAGCCUGAAAUCGAUAUUGCAUCCUAAUGGAACCUGUGUUAGAUUGAUAGUUCCUGUAUUGUAUUUCCCUCGUUCAGAUCAUUAAUACGACCUUUGGUGUCACUGAAAGGUGAAAAGAGAGCAAAUGUCAUUGUUCCAAACUCUUGUCGGUAUAAGUUUUCCUCAGUAGAAAUGGAGUCCUCGCCAAAGCCUAAUCCUUAGGGCUUGCCAAGACCUCAACAAAACCAAAGAAUUCAGCACCCAAAACACCAGAAUCUUUUCAACUCAACAGAUUAAACAAACUACAAGUCUGUCAACAGAUGGUAAGCAAAGCAAACCUUUUUGUUUCUCAGCUUGGUGCAGUGAAAUGAUUGGCAUAAGUAGCAUUCUCAGCCCAAAGCUUUCUGUAUACAGCAACUUCAGUGUUCCGUUUAACGUCGACUGAGGCCCUCAAUCGGAACUAAAGCUCGAGCCCACCAAUUAUUUCAGAUAAGUGGUCAUCAUUUGCCCAGUGAAAGUUUUAGUGUCACCUAAAGGAAUUGCUCAAUUCUUGUACUGUGGAUUUGUACCCAAUCGUAGUGCACCGGAUGCUGCAGUUUAAGAAAUUCAAAUAAGUUCUGACACUCACAAAGGGAGACCACUGCUUUGAAGACUAACCUGAUUGUCCCCUCCCCCCACACUUAUGCAAGUAAUUCCAACUCAAUUUAUUGGCUACCAUCAGAUUAAAAUUUACCUAAUGGUGUUCAUAAUCUUCUGAAGGAGUCUGUCAUAAAGAUCAAGUUCAUAUGAACGGUGGAUUAUAACUUUGUAAUGCAGAAACAUGUAGGUUCAGCAAAGCGUUGAGUUUGUACAAUGAGCAUGCCUGAAAAUCACAAGGGGGACGACUGUUCACGGAGAGACAAAACAAGUCUAUCAAAGGAGCAAACUGGAACAUAAAUGGGAACACAAGUAAAUUGGAUCAUAGCCUGCAUCUCGGCAGAGAAAAAGGAAAAGUGUUUUCAAGUUCUUUUGGCCUUUUCAUUUUGGCAGCCCCAGGAACUGUCACUAAUUUCUGUUUUCUUAUUGCAGGUUAACGCGGUGUGAUGUCAUUGCGGUAAAUGGAUGAGUAAUGGCAAGCCACAGCUGAUGAGUGCAGUGCGCCCUCUACAGGGAGUCUGAAAGGUGUCCCCUGUAGCCAGUGAACAGCCCCUGAGGUCCCUGUUGUGGCGAUGAGGAGCUUUGGCCCGUGCACCAAUCCGUGGAUGGCAACUGGAGCUAAACCUACAGAACUGAAGGCAGCGUCUUGUAUGGAGGUGAUUGAUGCAAUAAAGAAUUAAUGAAAAAUUGAAA